AGCCCAACCGAGAUAGCUCAAAGUGGCUUGUGUUUACACAGGCUGGUAUUUUCUCGCAGAUCGUUCUUCGUGCAAUGGCUACCAUCUUGGGAAGUUGUCGUGAGCUGUUACAUGAGCUGGGAAUAUACCUGUGGUGCACUGUGGCCAGGCUGGUGUUUGCCUUGUGGUGCUGCUGGAAAAAGCCUCUACAACUCCCACCUGUAACCGACAAGCUUCUUCUCCGUUCUGCUACAUCUCUCGCUGCUGACAUCAGAAAUGGCAAGGUGAAAAGCGUGGACCUUGUCUCGGCCUACAUCAGACGCAUCCGGGAGGUGCAGCCCAUCAUUAACGCUGUCGUCGAAGAGAGGUUUGAAGAGGCUCUCAAAGAUGCCGAGGAAGUCGACAGACUGAUGGCAUCGGCAACCAUGAGCGCGAGUCAAAUGAGCAAAGAAAAGCCACUGCUGGGCCUUCCGUUCACUUCCAAGAACAGCAUUGCCAUCAGAGGCAUGCGACAUGACGCGGGCUCCCUCUUCUGGCUUGGUCGGCGCGCCGUGGAAGAUGCCCCUAGCGUGGCGUCCUUGCGGCAAGGCGGCGCCAUCCCACUGGCGCUGACCAACGUGCCUGAGCUGUGCAUGUGGAGCGAGUCGCACAACUUGUUGGACGGCUGCACGCAGAACCCGCACGACACGCGCCGAAGCCCCGGUGGAAGCAGCGGUGGAGAGGGAAGUCUCCUUGCAGCGGCUGGAUCCCUGAUUGGCCUGGGAACAGACGUCGCGGGAAGCGUGCGAAUACCAGCCGCCUACUGCGGGAUCUUCGGCCACAAGCCAACAGCUGGAGUGGUGCCAAACACUGGCCUGAUGCCAGACCUUGGAGAAAACGUGGCGCAGUUCAACUGCGUGGGACCAAUGACAAGGUAUGCAGAGGACUUGCCGCUCAUGCUGAACGUCCUGGCAGGAACCGCAAUCGACAGGCUUAGACUAAACGAACAGGUAAAUCUGAAGGCCCUGAGGCUGUAUUACAUGGACACUGAAGGGAGCCUCUACAUCAGCCGUGUGACCGCUGAUAUGCGCCGGGCAGUUAGACGGGUCACCCAGUACCUCACUGUGGAGCACGGACUCGAAGCGAAUCAGCUGCACCUGCCCGAAAUGCGAUUCGGCAUGGAGGAGUGGUUCAAGGUUAUUGCCAUCAAGGAUCCCACACCACUGGCCCAUAUCUUCAGGCCCGGCGGCUUUAACACGUUAGUCGAACUGCUCCGCCACCUCGUGGGUGCUGGCCGGCACACACUCGCAGCGUUGGUCGCGUCUAGGACGGCUUCGCUUUACAGCUUCCGUUCGGAGCAAAAGGCUCAAGCCUUCACGGCUUCCAUAGAAAGAGCCCGCGAUCGGUUCGAGGAGACGCUGGGUGACGACGGAGUUCUUGUCCUGCCAGCUUCCACGAGCGAUGCGCCGUUUCAGAAUCAGGAAUUUCUAUUUGUCGAUUCAACAGGCAUGACGGCUCUGUUCAAUUUGUUCAAGGUGCCCGCAACAGUGUGUCCUGUAAUGCUAUCAAGAGAGAAUUUGCCCUCGUGCAUCCAGGUUGUUGCCAAGAGGGGAAAUGACCGGAUAUGCCUGGCUGUUGCCAAGGAAAUAGAGAAACGCUUUGGUGGGUGGGCUGAUCCUUCGGCGAAACUUCAAUGA